GAGGCCGUCACUGGUGACGUCAUCGCGGCCCCCUCCCUCCAGGAGGAGAGUGCACAUUCCUAUUGUCCAAGAUGGCGGCGGCGGUGCGGGUCCGCGGAGCGACAUGUUUUUAAACCAGUUUUUCCUGUUUUUAUUCAAACUGACGCUGAUUCUCGGCGCCUGCCGCCGGAGCGAGUCGCCACCGGAGCCGGUGUCCGCCGCCCUAUUCCCCCCAACAGCCCCGUAGCCCGCCGCCCGGGCCGGAUCCCCGCUGCAGCCACCGGAAAGUUUGAGCUCCAUCCCCCAGCGAACAUGAAGCGGCAGGCCGGGAGGGAGGCGAGUCCGUCCAGGGCCGCGGCGAAACGGACCCGGGAGAGGGAGCGAGAGAGCGCCCGGAGAGAGGAGCUGCCGCCGCCGCCGCCGCUGGCUCUGCUGCUCGCGGAGAGCCGGGGAUACCACCGCCGCAGCCGGAGCAGGGAGCGGGAGAAGCCGCGGCAGAGGGAAGAGCGAGCGGCCGCUCUGGAGCUCCACCACCGACACGAGCUCAGCCUCCUCGGCCGCCCGCCGCUCCGCACCACGGCGGCGGAGCUGCCCGCAGCCAGGCCGGGGACCCUGGAGUACAAGACGCUGCUCAUCAGUAACCUGGGCUCGCAGGUGUCGGACGAGGACGUGGAGGACGCGCUGUUCCACGAGUUCAAAAAGUUCGGGGACGUCAGCGUGAAGCUGUCGCACACGCCGGAGCUGGGCCGGAUCGCAUAUGUUAAUUUCCGGCACCCGGAGGACGCCAAGGAGGCCCGGCACGCCAAGUCCUCCAGACUGGUGCUGGGGGACCGGCAGCUGAAGAUCGAACCCAUGUACGUCAGGAGGCGGAGUGUGACGCCGCCGGACGUCGGUUAUCUACCGCUGCACCCGCCGUACAGACAGCGGUCCCUGUCCCCGCCGGGCCCCGCGGUCAGCAGCAUCAGGGACCUGAGAGCCAGACACUACGCCCUGGAGACGCUGGGCCUGGGCAGGGACCGGGACAGGCUGCUGGACUACUACGGGAUGUUGGAUGAGAGGGGGCGACCCUACGGCCUCCCGAUGCCUGUGGUGGAGGAUCUAAAACCCGAGGACGACCAGAGGGCGACCAGCAACCUGUUCAUCGGAAACCUGGACGGUAACGUCACCGAGGCGGAGCUGAGGAGGGGGUUCGACAAGUACGGAAUCAUCGAGGACGUGGUGAUCAAACGUCCGGCCCGUGGACAGGGCGGAGCCUACGCUUUUGUCAAGUUUCAGAACCUGGACAUGGCCCAUCGAGCCAAAGUGGCCAUGCAGGGCCGGCUGAUCGGGGGAAACCCCAUUAAGAUCGGUUAUGGCAAAGCUAACCCCACCACUCGACUCUGGGUCGGCGGCAUUGGUCCUGGAAACUCCCUCGCUGCUCUGGUUCGGGAGUUCGAUCGGUUUGGAAGCAUCAGGAACAUCGACUACGUCAAAGGGGACAGUUUCGCUUACAUCCAGUAUGAAAGUCUGGACGCUGCUCAGGCCGCCUGCUCCCAGAUGAGGGGUUUUCCUUUGGGCGGCCCUGAGCGGCGUCUGAGGGUGGACUUUGCUAAAGUUGAGGAAAGCCCGUCUCGACCGUUUCCCCCUGGUUAUCAGCCCCCUGUGGCGCUGCCCUCCAGCUACGAGCUCCUCGGAGAGGCCUUCAGCCGCCACCGCAGCCUGGAGCGAGAGCUGAGGGGCGCCAGGGACCGCUCGUCACCGCCCUCCCACAGCGCCCUGUCCCAGAGGGAGAGAGACAGAGCCGUGCUGGAGAGAGACUACCCCGCCAGCCCGACCCGCAGCCUGGAGCGGAGAGCGGGGGGCGUGGAAGCCUUUGGGAGGAGCGGGAGAGGGGCGAGGAGCCGCAGCAGGAGCAGAGAGCGAUGGCUGAAGGAGAAGGAGGAGAGGAGGAACCGGAGGAGGAGUCGGAGCAGGAGUCUGUCCACUGAUAGGCAGGUGGGGGAAAAGGAAAAGGAGAAGGAAAGGGGACGGUCGAGGGUUCGAGGUCCAGAUGGCGUCGUCUCUCCAGAUGCGAGUCCAGAUCGAGCUCGGGUCCGAGCCCCUGACUCCACCACAGAGCCAAGAGAUCACUCCCCCGACAGCGGCGCAGGAGGACGCCACGCUGCCGUUAACGAAGAGGAUCCACCGUCUGGUCGCCACCACGGCAAAAGGUCGUCCAGCGUGCACCUCAACAACCAUCACCAUCGAAACAGCGAGGUCAUCGCCGCCAGCUCUCCCGCCGCCCACACGGACACGCACACCUCCUCCUCUCCGAGCACGCUGUCCGAGUUCGCCCAGGCCUCUCUCUCCAAGUCGUGGCAUGGCUUCUUCGCCCUGAAGAACAGCAGCUUCCCCACGGAGCUGUACCUGCUGGAGGGCGGGCCGGCGUUCUUCAGCGCGGUGAUGAAGGAGACCCUGAAGCAGCAGAGCCAGAACCAGCCCAGCCAGCUGAAGAUCGCCCAGCGGCUCCGCAUGGACCAGACCCGGCUGGACGAGGUGUCGCGCCGCAUCAAACUGGGGCGUCCCGACGGGUUCGCCAUCCUGCUGGCCCUCCAGGGCCCCGUCGACCGCCAGGCCCCGGCCCCUGAGCCGGGACUGCAGGUGCGCCUGCUCCGCCACCUGGUGACCUACCUGCGGAACAAGGAGGCGGCCGGAGUCGUGAGCCUCCCCGCCGCGAAGGAGGGGGGGUCUGGGGCGAUGCUGUACGCCUUCCCCCCCGGAGAGUUCUCCCAGCAGUACCUGCAGGCUGCCAAGAGGACUGUGGGUAAUCUAGACGAGGAGCACAUGGUGAUUGUGAUCGUCACUGACACUAAUUGAUUUUAUCACAGUACACACACACACACACACACACACACACACACACACACACUCACACACACACACACACACACACAGAGACUUCCAUGUUUGUAAACAUGAGUUUUAUUGUUCGGUGUCUUAUGAACUCAACACAGCGACCGACACUACACGUCUUUUACUCUUGUUCACUUUAGUCUCCUCCCCCGGACGCCGCCUCAGGGCGUCAGUGAUGAACAGACCUGCUGCUCACACACUCGAACACUAAAACCUGGUUUUUACGCUUGUUAACUUUAUUUGGUCGUUUCUUCGGACACGUGGGACGACGAGGUUUUCUACAAAGUGAUUGUACUGUAAACUGAUGAGUCUCGGUUCGUCUCCGCUCGCAGGUUGAGACGUCGUCAGGUGUCUGUAUUUUUAUUUUGUGUUUAAAGUAGAGACGGACGAGAAUCCCCUGACCCGUCCCUGUGACUGUUUACUCUUCACAGUGUUUUUAUCAGUUCAACCAUUCCGCUCUCAUCAGUGUGAGUGUCUGUCGCAUGCAGGAAAAGAAAAGAAAAAAGUUUUAUAUUAAAAUGUGUGCUUCCUUUUCAGAAUGCUGUAGGAUGUUUCUGUGCUGCUGGUACGAGGUGGGAUGACGUCACCGGCUCAGAUUUGAAAUCUUAGCUGAACUUUUAUUCAGUUUUAAAACAUCGACUCCUCAUUUUUAACCCGUUCGUUGUUUUUCUUCUCAUCUGUUGCCUCAGCUUUAAAAGUUCAGUCUCUCGGACGUCGACGGUUUUAGUUUGAAUAAAACCAUCGACGUGUCCUCGAGGAGAUGAAUUAACAUAAACAUACAAACCACAUGCGUGUGGACAUUUUAGUUUAAUUCACUUCUGGAAGAGUUGAAGUCUUGAACACUAAUUCUAACUGUUGUGAUUCACUUUAUUUUUCUAACGUCAGCAUUAAGUGCCAAGAUACAAUUGUUAAAUAAAACCGAUUCCAACAAAGUUUUUCCACCAAGAUGUUAUUGAAUGAAAAAUUAGACACUAAGGAUUAAAACACGUUGACGUUGCUUCUUGAGAUGAAUGUUGUUGGUGUGAAACGUUGGAAAUGUAAAUGUUCAGUUUCUGUGUUUGUUGUGCGAUGAUAAUAAUAAGGACGUGUGUCGCUCUUCUCUAAGUCUCCUCCGUCCAUCGUCUCACAGGAAACGAUGGACGAGAGCGUGACACGCUGGUUUUCAACGCUGCGUUCACCGAUCGUCAAAAAGACGAUCGAAUGUUUGUUUCUGACACAAGCUGCUGAAAUCUGUUAAGGUUGAGAAGAAACAUUCAAAUGAUUGGAAACACACGUGGGUUUGGUUCUGAAAUGUAGAAUCACAGUGUGGGUGAACGUCUGCAGCCAGAAAAGAAAAGUCAGGUUUAUUGAGCUGAAGGUGAUUUUAUCAAUUCAUUAUUUAAUUCUUCAAAUAUCAGAAAACAAGUUCUAAAACAUUUUGACAAGAAAAAAAACAAACCAACAGAUUUUCAUGUUGAUAUUUUAAGACUCAGAAAACUUCGGAGUCUUCACUAAAGAAAAUUGAUUAUUAAAAACGUUUAAUAAUUCUACAAAAGUUUUUUGAUUUUGCUGGAAUCAUCUCAGCUCUCGAAGUUUUCCUUACAUGUCACACAUUUGACACAUUGAGUAAAAGUUGAAGUACUAAUACGUCCCUGCAGACGACUGUGUCUCUGUUAAUCAUUCGUUUAUCGUGUUUAAUCAGAGGCUGCGUUACUUCCUGUUACAGGACUUUGUGGUCAUAGUUACCAGCGGUGGAAAAUAACUCAGCACAUGAAUUUACUCUUUUCCAUCUGGUUCCAGAAUGAAGUUCUUACAUCUCGUCCUGGAUGAGUGGGCAGAUCCAGGAAGAUCACACGUUCUCUUGUGCAGAAAAAAAUCACACUUAUUUAAAGAGUGGGUUGUGAGUGUCGGGUCGGGAGCCACACGUCCACACAGUCUCAUUAAGAUCACUUCAGUAGUUUGUGUAAAUCUGCUGAAGAGGAAAAUAUGAGGAAACAAACACGACGUCUCGUUAAGAUGAAACUCACUGUGAUGUUAUAACUGCAGUUACUGGGUUCUUACAGAAGGGGGCGCUGUUGCGCCUUAUUUUGAUUUGAUCUCCUUUGUUCAACAGAUGUUUGUUCUCUGCAGAUGUUUUAUUUUAAAGACGAUCGUCUUCUAAAACUUGACGUUAUUUCAUUUGAUUUGUUUGAGUUUCUCUCAAAAGAAAAAGACUUGUUGAUUCAGAUCAGUAAAAUAUUCUGACUUCACUUUCAGCACAUGAACGGUUUUCAAGUUUAAACCGUCGAGACUUUACAAGAUUCACGUUUUUGCUCGUUAAACAGCUGAGAACAAAGUUUCAGCUUCACCUCGACUGA